UCCCCCCUUGACCAUUUCUUUCGCCUCUGGUAUAUCAGUGCCUUGUCUUUCUUUAUAUUUUUUCUUCUUUUUGUUGAUUCAGAAAUUCUCUAUUUGUUUGUUUCGCAUUAUCUUCUCUCAAGAAAUCGUUUGUCUUUUCCGUGUUUGGAGCAUUUUUUUUUCUCGGGACAGAAAAGAUGAAGGGAAGUGCGGAAAACCCUCUUCAUCUCAAAUCUUUGAACCAUAUAUCUCUUGUUUGUAGAUCAGUUGAGGAAUCCAUUAAUUUUUAUCAAAAGACUCUUGGGUUUGUUCCAAUAAGGAGGCCUGGAUCAUUUGAUUUCAAUGGGGCAUGGUUGUUUGGAUAUGGAUUUGGGAUUCAUCUUUUGCAAUCAGAAGAUCCGGAUAACUUGCCAAAGAAAUGGAAAAUCAAUCCCAAAGAUAACCACAUUUCUUUCCAGUGCGAGAACAUGGGGUGUGUGGAGAAUAAGCUGAAGGAAAUGGAAAUGGAAUAUGAGCGAGCAAUAGUGGAAGAAGGUGGAAUAUGCGUUGAACAACUGUUCUUCCACGACCCAGAUGGAUUCAUGAUUGAGAUAUGCAACUGUGAUAACUUACCAGUGGUCCCGCUGGCUGGUGAGAUGGCGCGAUCAUGCUCUCGGGUCGAUAUGCAACUGUUGCAGCAUCAGAUUCAACAAGUGAUUCAGCAGUGAAGAAACACUUGCGGCAUCUUGGACUGGACAAAUGAAUUCAGUCAUUUGAUUUUAGGUGCAUGUUAAUAUGAGAAAAUAAAAUUAAAAUUAAAAAUAUAGUGCCACCAUCUGCUUCGUUUGUCUUGUGAUCUUGUAUGAGAAUUAUUAUUCUAUGUCUAUCUCUUGGGUUUGUAUGUGUGUUCUUUAAAUAUUGUUCAUUUUCUCAUGAAGUCAAAGCAGAUGUGAUUCCGGAGUAUUUACAAAAUCCAAUCAUUAGAGGAUGGCAAUAAUAUCUUUUGUACCCUAUUGUGAUUAUCAUUUUCAAUAUUUAUUUCUUGUUUACCCACUUUUUAAAAAUAAAA